AUGGCUCAACAGGACCAGCAAGUCAUGCGAAGGUAAAGAUAGGAGGACGUACAAACACACAAUGACCAGGCAUUGACCUCGAAUCACAGAAAGCUCGUCAUCAUUGGUGACGGUGCUUGUGGAAAGACCAGUUUACUCAGCGUCUUCACACUUGGGUAUUUUCCAACAGUGAGUGUCCAUGCCACAUCCACCGCCAUCCGCCCAACCUAUGGCUCUGACAAUCUCGUCCUGCGCAGCGAUAUGUACCAACAGUCUUCGAGAACUACGUCACCGAUUGCAGAGUAGACGGGAAAUCAGUCCAACUGGCCCUCUGGGAUACCGCAGGCCAAGAAGAUUACGAACGCCUGAGACCGCUCGCAUAUUCACAAGCUCACGUAAUCCUCAUCGCAUUUUCCGUUUCCAGUCCCGAUUCCUUACAUAACAUCACAACCAAGUGGUGAGUUCCCUCUACACUGAACCCGCCUGCCUUGUCAUCUGACCUCGUCCCCAGGCAUCCCGAAGUCCUAGAACGCUGUCCCGGCGUUCCCAUCAUUCUCGUCGGCCUGAAAAAGGAUCUCCGCGACGACCCCGUAGCCCAAGAAGAAAUGCGCAAACGGUCCGAGAAAUUCCUCACGCCCGACGAGGGCGAGGAGGUGCGCAAACGGAUCGGCGCCAAGAAAUACCUCGAAUGCUCUUCGUUGACGGGCGAGGGUGUAGAUGAUGUUUUCGAGGCAGCGACGAGGCAGAGUCUGUUGUCUGGCGAUCGGAAAGAGAGGAGCGGGUGCUGUGUGAUAUUAUAA